AUGGCGUUUGGAGUGGUUCCGCAGACACCAAGGCAACAGCCGUCUUUUUUUCGUUCGCGAACGACGUGCUGUUUCGUGCAACGAACUGCGCAGAGCUCUCCCGCAGUCCUGCGAGCGGCUAGUGCGCUCUCCUGGAACGAAGGCGGAGCCCAGAGGCCGCUUUGGUUCGUUCCCCCGGCCACAGGAGGACAAUCUAAACAUUGUGCGAGUGGUAGUCUGUUGAUCGCUGCCUCUGACGGGAAACCGGCGCACACGAACUUGAACCGUCAACGUUCGGGGCCUGCAUAUCGACCGUCGCGGGACACCAGGCGCGGUGGACACCACCGUGCAGGCGGACGCCCCCAAGCAAGGCGUUCCGAACAGCAGUGUUUCGUGCUCGUCGCCAACCCGUGCAGACGACCAACGCAGCGCCCGAUUAUUGAAGUUCGGGCAAGCAAGGCUGUCUUUGGGAAACGAGCAACGGUGCGGACCCGAGCGCGAAGACGCCUUCGCGCUGCUGCACGGCAAGUGCUGGUGAUCUGGGGACGCAGCGACUUUUCCUACGUUAUUCACGGCUUACCGGAAUGUCUCUUUGUGUCGUGGAAAGACCUGCUACAGGAAAUGAUGGAAGCUUUGCAACGGUCUGGUUGUGCGCAUGAGAAAGCUCGUGCUCCGCCACGUCUACCGCAGCACCCACACGACGCCUCCUCUUCAUCAAAUGGGCAGGCGUCUGCCGCGGAAUCCACCAAAGACGGUUCUCCAGCCGCGCAGUUGACUCAAACAGAUGAAAAACCCACUACAGACGCGUUUCGACGACAGUAG